AUGGAUCCUAAUCUCAAGUUGGUUCUGGAGGAAAUCCAGAAGUCCAAGGAGGAGUUCGGGCGUCGUUUCGACGAGCACAAUGAGCAAUGGGAGCGGCGAUUCGCUGAUCUCGAGCUUGCCCGCACCGCCCGCGACGCCGCCGUCGACAAACGCCUCGACUCCAUCGAGCUUGUAGGCGCCGACACGGCAUACACCAUCGGCAGGCGCGUCGCCGAUUUGGAGGCCGUCCGCGACGACCGCGUCACCGCCCUCGAGGUAGCUGCCACGGACCUCGGUACUUGGCGCCCGAAGAUGGAGGCGCUCGUCGACGACCUGCGACUCGAGAUGCAGAAGCUGACCCAAGGUCGCGACUCGAAGGUGUUCGACGUUUUGCCUCAAUGGCCCACCGUUCUCGCCUCUUCUUCACCUGCGCCCAAUGGGCACGGCGAUGCAUCGUCUCACCGGGAUGGUGGGUUCGGGACCGGGGCGGUCUGGACUCACGUCCCGGUCAUGGCCUUGCACGAUCGAUUUGAUCGCGAUCAGAAGGAAGCCUUAAUUCGCCAAUUGUUCCACAUCAAACAAACUUCUACGGUGUCGGAUUAUGUCGAGCGUUUCUCCAUCUUAAUCGAUCGCCUCAAAUCCUAUUAUGCUUCUACUGAUCCCCUGUUUUAUACCAUGAGAUUUAUCGAUGGCCUUCGGCCCGACCUUAAAGCUAUGAUACUGGUUUCUAGGCCACAAACACUCGAUGCUGCUAUUUGUAUGGCUCUUGUGCGGGAGGAGGUGGCAGGCCAAUCGGGCGCCCAGUCUUCGUUCCGUUCGUUGGCACCGGUUGAGUGGUCUCAUAAACCCACACCACGGACCGCGCUGCCGCUACCACCACCUCCGCCUCGUGUCGAGAAGCCUGUGGCGAAGCCUGCAGCUGCCGAGCCCACGGCAACAUCUUCGGCAACUGGUGCUCUGGUUGAUGUCAAAGCAUACCGUCGAGCCCUGGGCUUAUGCUACAAGUGUAACGCCAAGUGGAGUAAGGAUCACCGGUGCGCACCAGAGGUCUUGCAUGCGGUCGAAGCUCUUUGGGAAUCACUGGAUCCUGAUGUGGUGCCAGCUGCAGAAACAUCUGAUGAUCAACCAAUUGAGCAAGUGUUUCUAGCCAUAUCCAAGUCAGCUGUGUUUGGGGUACCUGCUGCUCGUACUAUCCGGCUAUUGGGAUCCAUGUCAGAUAUUCUAGUGCAUAUUCUGGUGGAUUCAGGGAGCUCCUCUUCAUUUAUCAAUGACACUACGGCUGUUCAGUUACAUCACCUCGAUCCAGUCUCUAUCUCUAGCUGUGUGCAAGUUACUGGUGGAGGUGUCUUACAGAGUUCCUUGCUGCUUCGCCAAGUUCAGUGA